UCUAAUAUUAACCAACAAAAAAAACUUACGACAAAAAAAAAAGAGAGAGAGAAAGAAGAAGAGGAAGAAGAAAUGGCUCCACAAAAGACAAAGGAUUCUUCUCACCAUGAAGCAGAACCCGGUUUUGAAACUAAGGAAGGGCAAGACAGAAGGAUUAUCAAGCCGAGAGGACUCAACGUCAUUUGGGGAGGCGACCCUCGCUAUUGGGUUAUUCCCAAAGAAGAAGGGAAGCCUGCAGAACUGAAGAUGGCAUGCUGGCUGGAGGUAACCGGUACGGUUGACGUAAAACCGGGUAAAAAGUACCAAAUCAGUUUCAAGAUUUCCUUCAAACCGGAUGCGACCGGAUGGGAUCAAGCUCCGGUUUUCAUGUCGGCGAAAAUCGGGAAGAAAGGGAAGACCAUGUGGAAAAGGAUCAAAUCGAUUAAUCAGAUCAUUCAAAAGAGCGGGUCGGAAUCAGUCAUACCGGAUGAAACCGACGGCCAGUUCGAAAUAAAUGUUCCUCCGACGGAAUCGGACCAAGCCACCAAGCUUCAGUUUGGUUUGUACGAAGUGUGGACCGGACGGUGGAAGACCGGCCUGAUGAUCCAUGACGCAUCUGUUCAAGAAGUGGCUUGAAAAAACAAAGAGGAAUCAGUUCCCAUAAAUCACAUCUGUUAUGUCCGUGUUCAUCAGUUCUCAUGACCUGAAAACGACACUAUUUCUCGAAUUCAAUUUUCGUUGCUUUUUUUAGUUAUGGAUUGAUGAGAAGAGACGCUAAAGAUUGUCAUAGAUCAUAAUAUUAUUGAACAAAAGCCAUAAAGUUACCCGAA